AUGCGAAGCUUCGGUAAACCUGGAGUUAUGAAUCUGGAAAAGUUGAAAUUUGGAAUAUCUCUGCGGCAGUGGAUCCCUAAGGGAUAUGCGGAAGUUUGGGUUGAAACUGGAAUCGCUGAACAAGGCUUGCCGGCUUAUCCUUCCAAGAACUUCUCAGCCCAUCAUUCUACUUCAUAUGUGACAUUACAAGCAUCCAUGGAGAGAUAUGCUACCAAUGGAGGAGAGUCGCAUUGGGAUGAUGAUAGACUUAUGAUUUGA